GAGAAGUCAGCCAUUAUGUAACUUUGAUUUCUGAGCCUGGCACCAAUUACCUGGCAUCUUUAAUUGGGAAACACAGAGUGGCCAUCACUGACUUUGGUUAACCAACCUGGAAUUCCUAACAUUGGGUCACCAGCCUGGUUUUAUGAUUAAUCUGGGUUGAUCAUCCUGGCAUUCAUAUUCUUGGUUCUCCAGCCUGGCACUCAUAUCUGUGGCUCUAUAGCCUGUAAACCCACCUGCUCAGUCGGGUGGGUGGAUCUGCCUAGCAGUCUGCAUGGGAUGCACUGUGAGUUUCCUCUGCUGUGAAGAAGACAUCCCACAGAUGUCCACCGACCACCAAGAUGACAGUAAAACAAAGGAGGAAAAAAAGAGCCUCCUUGCUAAGCCUGAAGAUCUGGAGGGUCAGAACUGCCACACAUUUCAGGUGAAGAAGUUUAAGAAGGUGAAGUCGUGCAGCGUGUGCAAGCAGGCGAUCACUCGAGAGGGCAGUGCUUGUCGUGUCUGCCGAUUAUCGUGCCACCGGAAAUGUGAAGGCAAGAUUGUAUCACCUUGCACUCCCCGUGUCAAUUACGAGCUGCCAAUCAGCACGGAGAGUCCGCAGAAGCAUGUAGAACCCACUGGCUCGACUAAAUCUUCCAGGAGCACCCAAUCACGCCGUAGACCAUCAAGGAGUUUAAGCCUGAUUCAAGCCAUGGAUGACAGUUGUGAGUUGGAUCUUACCUACAUCACCGAACGGAUCAUUUCCGUCACUUUUGCAACAAACACAGAAGAGACGAAUUUUUGUCGGAACCUGAAGGAGGUGGCGCACAUGCUGAAGUCCAAACAUGGGGACAGCUACCUGAUCUUAAACCUGUCUGAGAGAAGACACGAUGUCAACAAAGUCCACUCCAAGGUGUUGGACUUCGGUUGGCCUGACCUACAUGCCCCGGCCUUGGAGAACGUGUGCAGUAUCUGCAAAGCCAUGGAUACCUGGCUGAACGCCGACCCUCACAACGUGGUCGUCCUCCAUAAUAAGGGUAAUCGAGGUCGGACAGGCGUGGUGAUUGCUGCGUACAUGCAUUACAGCAAUAUAUCUGCCAGUGCAGACCAAGCUUUGGACAGGUUUGCCAUGAGACGGUUUUAUGAAGAUAAAGUGCUCCCUGUCUGCCAGCCAUCCCAAAAAAGGUACAUACAUUAUUUUAGUGGGCUACUUUCGGGGGCUAUCAAGAUGAACAACAAGCCAUUGUUUCUUCAUCACGUCAUUAUGCAUGGGAUACCGAACUUUGAAUCCAAAGGAGGGUGCCGUCCGUUUCUGAAGAUCUACCAGUCCAUGCAGCCGGUGUACACCUCUGGCAUUUACAAUGUGCAAGGAGACAGUCAAACCAGCAUUUGCAUCACGAUCGAGCCAGGCUUACUGCUUAAAGGUGACAUACUGCUUAAAUGCUACCACAAGCGGUUCCGCAGUCCGGCACGCGAUGUCAUCUUCCGGGUGCAGUUUCAUACUUGCGCUAUUCACGAUCUUGGGAUAGUGUUCGGGAAAGAAGAUCUGGACGAAGCUUUUAAAGACGAGAGAUUUCCUGAGUAUGGAAAAGUGGAGUUCGUCUUCUCCUAUGUUCCAGAGAAGAUACAAGGAAUGGAGCAUUUGGAAAACGGACCAUGUGUUUCUGUCGAUUACAAUACAUCAGACCCGCUGAUUCGCUGGGACUCUUAUGACAAUUUCAACGUGCAUCGCGAAGACAGUCUGGAAGAAGUUGGACACACUCAAGGACCAUUGGAUGGAAGUCUGUACGCCAAAGUAAAAAAGAAAGAUUCGACCAACGGGAGUACGAGCACAGUCAAUGCAAGUGGUAUUCCUCUCUCUGCUGCACCUAAUCACAUUGAGCACACUUUAUCAGUGAGCAGUGAUUCGGGCAAUUCAACUGCUUCGACAAAAACAGACAAGACAGAUGAGCAAGUGGCUAAUGCAGCUGCCAACCAAGGGUUGACACCCGAGGAAAAGCAAGAGCUUGAACGUCUUCUCAGUGGAUUUGGCUUAGAAACUGAAGCACAAAUGCACAACUUAAAUCCCAGCACAUCGGCAGCAGGAGGAAUGCUGCAUGUGGUGCCAGCACAGGUGCAUGUCAAUGGGGACAUAACAUCCCCACCAGCUGAACGGGAGACAGACAUUUUAGAUGAUGAUCUCCCCAACCACGAUGGUCACAGUGUUGGCAGUUUGGGAACCCUGUCUUCUUUUGACGCUACCCCUAAUGUAAGUGAGACUGGAUACCAGGACUCUCCACGUGUAAACAUUUUAACAAACGGGCCAACUUCAAUUAAUGGCCUAGAUAAGCUGCAAAAACUUGGCUUUAAUGGCAAAGAGACUAUGAUUAAUGGUGGAUAUCCCUACAACAAUCAGAAUAUAUUAAGAACCGCUAUGAUACCUUCUUCUCAAGAUGUAGGUAGCCACAUGAGACCAUCAGUAUCUGCCCAGGAAAACCUCUCUUCAUAUCAAAUAAACCAACCAGCGUUGACCAGUUGGGGACAGCCCCAAUCUGCAGCGGUAACUCAGAAGCACUUAUACUAUUAUGAUCCGAAUGGGAUGUACCGUUCUCAAUCCUUCACAUCCUCAGAUCCAGGAAAGUUUGACACCAAUAGUCAGCUACCGCAAGCACCAGCCCGAAGUGUCAGUAGCAGAGAGGCAGUGCAGAGGGGUCUUAACUCAUGGCAACAAGGUGGAAGUAGACCCCCUUCCCGUCAACAAGAUGGAGCAAUGGAAAAUCAAGGACUUAGCCCAAGUCCUCAGCCAAGCACUUUACAGACUGUUCCUCAGAGUCACAGCAUACCAGAGUUCCCAAUGUUGGCCUCACAAAGGGAGAUUGAGCAGUCUAUCGAAGCACUUAACAUGCUGAUGCUAGACCUUGACCCUUCAUUCUCUCAGCUGCCAAAAUCUCAGAGUGUCCCAUGUGCCCAGAGAGAUGAGAGAACAAUGCCAGUGUCAGGGUCACUUUCUGCUCAGCCAUCAUUGGGUAUGUACAGUCAGCCAUCCCCUCAGGUGGCUCCACAAAGAAUAAACACUUCUUAUAUCACCACACCGCCUGGCAUGGGGCAGAGCAUUACCAUUUCUUCAAACCAGCCUCAUAUACCUGCUGAGACAGGUCCCAGAGGAUAUUCAUCAGGAGGACAUGAUUUGGCUCUACCUGGAGAGACAGACAAGUUUUUGAAUAACUACAGGGAACCAUAUUCUGUUCCAACAUUUUCCCCUUACACAUACCCAUCCCAACAGCCUUCCUCUGGCUUAGUGCGGAGCUACAGCUAUGGGAUAAGCAGUAGUGCCCCUCCAUCCUCUGUUCCACCACUCUCCGCUUUUAUGCAUGAAAGUCCUCAGCAGAUAAUUGGGACUUCCACAGUUGGACCUGCAGCCCCCACUCAAAUCCCACAAGAAGCUGUGGAUGAUCAUUACAAUCUUGAAGGACUCGUGGCUCAGAGGAUCGCAGAGUACAACAGCAAACUCCGUAACUUAAAUAAAAGCAUGAAAAUCCCCCAGCCCCCCACCCUUCACCGCCAGCGUUCCUUCACAUUUUCUGGUGUCCAUACACGUGACAAGACAGCAGACGAGAUAGGAUCUUUGGCACGAAGGCGUACCACCAGUGAGGGAUUGUAUGAAGAUAACACUAAUGAGCGUAGCUCAGCGGGUAGUCCCACCAAGGUGCGAUCGCCAGUUCGAUGCGUCUCACCAGAAGUCUUCAAUACUAUCGCAGCCAAUCCAGGAGGAAGACCUAAGGAGCCUCAUCUACAUAGCUACAGGGAGGCUUUCGAAGAAAUGGAGAUGACAUCUCCUGUGAUGAGCCCGACAACCACAGCUCGCUCUCCUCCUGGUUUAGCCAAGACGCCUCUGUCAGCUCUGGGUUUAAAACCCCACAACCCGGCUGAUAUCAUCCUGCAGCAAUCCGGGGAGACAAUCAGGGAGACAGUAAUUGGAGAUGUGGAUGAGCCCAGGAGCUAUGUGGAGUCUGUGGCUCGGACAGCAGCAAGCGUUGCAGCGGCCCCUCCAUCCCCCACUGUCCCACAAGCCUACAGCAUGGACUCUCAGAUGAGGAAUGGAGGUUAUCCUAAUUCCUUUGUUUCCCCAAGCCCCAUCUCCACCAGCAGCCCAAUACACAGCACUGACGGUGUCUCCCUGAGGAGUUACCCAUCUGCCGAGGGCAGUGUUCGGAUCCCCACUCCUACUCAGCCCUCUGGGAAUUCAAGUUUUGGAUACGCAAGUUUAUCUCAGCCAUCACCUCCCAGCAGUUACCUGAACACAUCGCCAUCCCCCACCAUGGUCCCACAAGUGGGCACACCAGUCAGUUCGUAUGACUCCUAUUCAUACAGCCCCAAUGCUGCUGCCAGCCAGGUGGAUGGCAUUUCACGACCACAAGUUAAUUCAUUCACUGUGCAUGGGGUACAAGGCAGCCCCCAGCUUCAUCACAGAACAGUGGGCACCAAUACGCCUCCUAGCCCAGGAUUUGGGCGAAGAAUGGUCACACCUAAUAUGUCAAAUGCCCCUGGGAGCCCAAGUUUAAAUAGGCAUCCUUUGGGAAUCCAUGGCAAUGCUGCUAUUCCACCGGGCAGUCCUAGUCUUCCCCGUCACCAGGUUGUCUUGACUGGAAAUUCUCCAGUAACACCUGGAAGUCCCAGCUUGGAACGGCACAUCAUGUAUGGUUACACAACACCUGACGAGAGACGACCAACAUUGUCACGGCAGAGCAGUGCAUCUGGAUACCAGGCUCCAGCCACCCCUGGCUUCCCUGUCUCUCCUGCCUAUUACCAUGGCAUGAGUAGCCCGUCAUCAUCGUCACCUGAUUCUACCCUCUACCGACAAGGAAGUCCUGUGCCACAACCCUCCUUGCCAGAAAAAAGAAGGAUGUCAUCUGGUGACAGAUCCAACAGUCUACCCAACUAUUCGACGCUCAAUGGGAAGACGUCAUCACCACUGUCCAGUGGGAUGCCAAGUCCUAGCGGAAGCACGAUGACAUUUACACAUACUUUACCGGAUUUCUCCAAGUUCUCAAUGCCUGACAGCAGCCCUGAAACACGAGCUAACGUGAAGUUUGUUCAGGACACGUCCAAGUAUUGGUACAAACCGGAAAUAUCCCGGGAUCAGGCAAUUUCACUAUUGAAGGACAAAGAUCCAGGAGCUUUCAUUAUUCGAGACAGUCACUCGUUCCGAGGGGCUUAUGGGCUAGCGAUGAAGGUAGCCACACCGCCCCCUACUGCUCCCCAGAGCAGUAAAAAAGAUUCCACCAAUGAGCUUGUAAGACAUUUCCUGAUAGAGACCAGCCCACGAGGUGUCAAAUUAAAGGGAUGUCCUAAUGAGCCCUACUUUGGGUGUCUCUCAGCUCUGGUGUAUCAGCAUUCGAUCACGCCGCUCGCCUUGCCUUGCAAGCUGGUGAUCCCAAGCAGAGAUCCUUCUGAUGAAACAAAGGACAAAGAGGCAACAGUUCCCAACAAUACGACAGCUGACCUUCUAAAGCAGGGGGCAGCGUGCAACGUAUUAUUCAUCAACUCAAUUGACAUGGAGUCGCUGACAGGGCCACAGGCCAUCGCGAAGACCAUAGGCGAGACGUUAGGCGCUGAACCACCACCUGGCGCAACAAUUGUUCACUUCAAAGUCUCAGCCCAAGGAAUCACCUUAACUGACAACCAGAGAAAGCUAUUUUUCCGAAGACAUUAUCCUUUAAACACAAUCACCUUUUGCGACCUGGAUCCACAAGAGAGGAAGUGGAUGAAGACAGAUGGGAGCCCUGCAAAACUCUUUGGCUUUGUAGCCAGAAAACAAGGGAGUACGACGGACAACGUCUGCCAUCUUUUUGCAGAAUUGGAUCCCAACCAGCCAGCCACAGCCAUUGUCAACUUUGUGUCUCGUGUAAUUGGUUUGCAGAAGAGAUGAGCUCCCCCCCUUCCCGCUGCCUCCUGUUCGUGAAUCAGUUAAAAAAUAUGGACUCUUGAAGAGAGCGAGAAAGAAAGUGCGUUAUGGGAGAGUAAAGUGAUUUUGGAGGCCCAGAUUGUGCGUCAGGUUGACUAAGCAAAAUCAGGAAAAAAAGCAUUUUUACAAAAUAAAAUUAAAAUGCAAGAGUAAGACAAAAGACGCCAAUGAGGAAAGCAUAUUAAACCCAUUUCCUGUUGAAGGGGUGGACACAAAGUUGCCAGUGUACAUACUGAAAUCUUAUUGGCUCCUGGAUCUGUUAACAACAACAGCAUCACAAUUCUAGAGUAUUCACGUUAACUUCAGAAUGCUGUCAUUUCUAUACAAUAUAUACAACUAUGUAAGUGCAUUAUAUAAACCAGUAUAGCAUACACAAAAAAUAUGAUGAGAUCUUUAGGAGAGUUUAUUAUAUAAGGUCAUUUUUUUAUAUAAAUGCAUUGGAUGUGCGGAGCUGGCUGCGAAUUUGCUGUCUUUUUAAAACGUGCACUGUGCUGUUAUUUUUAACCAUUUAGAAAAUCCUUGAGAUGAUGAGUGCCUUCUGCAAUUCAAGCUAAUCCUAAAUGUAAAGUCUUGGAGAUCUUUAAUUAAAUGCCAGGUCUCGCUUCAUAUGCUGAAUACAUUGUUAAAUACCUAGUUACUUCCACCAUUUUAAGUUCGUCUGAAUGGGUACAGUGACAUCUAGUGGUCAAUAAGAUAAUUGAAGGUCAACGUUUUUUGGUUUAUAAUGUCAUUGUCUAUUAAAAUAUAGCAGCUGUUUAAUACAUGCCAACAAUUUGCCACAUUAUAAGUUAUUCAGCUUCCUAUAAAAAAAAAGACAGUAAAUCAUGGUUUGUUCCAUGUGUCUAUCUCCUGCUAGCUACCAAAGAGGCACAUAGGGUAAUAUACUGCAAAGGCUCUGGCAUGCUAAAGAAAUUAAUUCAGUGCAUUUAAGAGAGCUGUAAUAGGGAAAGGGCACUGAAAAGAAGAUCAUCAUUAGAAAGGCUGUGUCUGAAUGUGCAAUCAGAAAUUGCAUUUCCUGCAGAAUUGUGCCGUUUGGGCAGUAUUGCAAAAAGCCUUGUGCCCUCUGUUCUGUGUUCCGCUAAGUAAUCUCUUGCAGUGCAUUCUGGAUAUAAGCGUAUCCAUUAAUUGGAUGUCUGUGCGGGUAACACAGAGGACCAAUGGCUGUGAGCACACAGAUGACUACAGUGUGUUGCAGGAAUAAUAAUCUUUGCUUUGUCGAUACAAAUGCAAAUCUGGACAAAAGCAUCUCAUUUUGAAGUGUUGCAUUUUGUUUGCUUUUUAGCACACUGUAGUCAAACAAAUAGAACAUAUUCAGGAUGUAGCUAGCAAUAUGCUAUCAGUAAAGGUAGGCUAACGCUGUAUCAGCACAUGUUACGCAGACUACUCCGUUUAAUUUACAGAAUACAGAUUGUAGCUUCAUUGGGCACGUGCCAUACUCAUUACAGCUCUAUACUACUGAAAUCACCAAGCCUAUUAAUACCAAACCUUUACUCACUCCUUUAUAUGAGUUAUAGGCAAAUAUGUUGCACAUAUUAUAUUCUCAUUUGUUGCCUUCCAGUGUUAUAACCGAAAUGACCGCUAACCAAUAGGUUGAUCUCAAAAAGCUUUUAAUAGCAUUCGCAGGUGUAUAUUCUUUGUUUGACUUCACCCUCCCAAUGCUAUAACGUAGACUGUUUCAGAAACCAUAUGCCAUAAAUUCUGUGCUUCUUCCAAUCUAAGUUAUCAAAAUGAAUACGUCAAUUAGCCCAUCACAUCUUUACUAAAAUACAGCAUAUUAUUCCAGGAAAUGAGAAUUAUAUUUUUCUAUAUUAGAUAUAAAUGUAUAAAGCCAGAGUAUUGCAGUAGUAUUUUUUAACAUUUUUGCUGACUUAGAAGUAUAUAAGUAUCUCAUUGUAAGUAACACAUACAUUUCAAGAUGUAUAAUUACGGUUCUGCUUGGCAUGAGACAGAUUUUAAAUAAAAAAAAAAGAGGGAGCUGUGCAUUAUGGGUCAUGUAGUUCAGUCAUUUGCAGUGCCAAGGUUAGACCAUCUUUCCACAGGUGUGUAGGUAUGACUAAAAGACAUCCCACCCAUUUUAUUAUGUUUAUUAAGUAGUGAGAUUAAUAACUAAGGGUGACUGCAGUGUAAUUUUGGCUCUACUAUUUACUUUCACUUCUAACGUGUAAAACAAAGAUUCAACCAUUUCACAGUAUACAGCUUUAAAAUCGGCAGGAAGAACCACAAUUAAGACUUACCGUAUAUAAGAUUCAGCACUGAUCAGUUGUAAAAGAUAAAUACCAAGGACACAUAAUUAUUCCAUGCAGGCCAAGGACAGAUCAAUUAUUACAAUUCUUCAUUUGAGAAGAAAAAAGAAAUUAUCGGACUUCUAAAGGUUAUAAUUAUCACCUUUGGGGCCCAAGUACAUAGCAGAUCUGACACUUGAAACAUGCAAAGUUCAAUGCGAAACAAUGGACAGCUCAAUUUUUAGAGUUGAAUCACUGAAACUUGUGGGCCGAGAGUGAAGAAUCCUCUAAUAGAUUAGAGCAGAGUUGGAACCAAAUGCACCCAAUUUCAUUCAACCUGUAGGUACCGAAAUCUGUCAAUUCACUAAUAUUUUGAUUUGAAUUGGGAAUAUUGGCUUAAUAACAUUAACUUAACAUGACCUUUGACGCAUAGUAGACUUAACCACCCAAUGUGCACGUAAUAAUUGUAUUGUGCACGGCAAGCCACUUCGUUCUUAGCAGAAUGUUGGGCUUGGCUCCACCCCUUCACGUAGAGAAGGACUAAGCAAGUUAGAAGGUACUAGGCAGGACAUUUCUGUGAAGGCGUGUGUUGUGUGAGAAUGUAUGGAAGAUGCUGAUUUUUUUUCUUUUUAGAAUAAUAAUCAGGUGGCAAUUAUUUACCCUUUGCUUCCUGUGACUUUGCAUAAAACCAUACUUAAUGGUUGGUGGUAACACUACAAAUCCCUUUAGAGUGCCUUAUGUUUUUUUUAACUCGGAGUUCCAGACUGAUCUACCAUGAACUGCUUUGUGGUUCGUCACUUUCCUCAUCGGCACUUAAAUGAUGGACAACCAGGAAAUCUUAGCCAUAAAAUCCUGAUAGGGCUUUAGGGAGCAAGGGGUCAAUUCAAUGUGCCAUUAUUUAUUUAAGGAACCCUAUAUGUUGCCUGCUGGAGUGUUAUUUCAACAUACGGUAGAUCUCUCCAACAGCAAAAGGGUAUUAUUUGUUUUGUGUUAUUUAGAAAGAGUCCAAGCUAUGUUUAUAUGAGGGCUGGAUUCAUGUGUUAACAGGAGGGCAAGCUUUGUUUAAUGUAGCAAUCUUAGCUUUUGGUUCGGAUAUGUGGCUACUUACUGCCUGAUAAGUGCAUCUGUGCAUAUUGCAUUUUGGGGUACAGGUCAUGGUUGUGGACGCAGGACGGUCCUGUUUGCACAGUUGCCAUUAACGUAACCACUAAAAGAAUCACGGUGUACUGUGGCAAAUUUAUACAGUUUAACUUCACCAUGACACUUAGACAAGAACCAUUUUUCUUUAAUCAGACAUGUGAAUUCUAGUUAAAGGAAAUAGAUUGUUUUUGCUCUCCAUACUGCUGUAGAGAGCCAAAAAGGUCCAGCCAUUCAUUCCUGCAGUUUCUUUCCAAUUAUGAUGCCAUGAAACCAAUUAUUGACUCUUUCUCCAAACCUUCUAUGUGUGUCUGUAUUUUGAAUUGUGCAAAUAAGCAUCCUGCUACCAUAAGCUCUAAGUGCCUGUAUGUUUUGCUUGGAGAUGUUCUGUACCCCACAUAUUUUGUAGUUGCUAUUAUAUCUUAAGUAAAACCUGGGGUACAUACACUAUAAUCACUGGCAGUAAAGUACCUCAUUAUGGGGGAGACUGAACGUGGGGAAUAUUGAGCGUGGUUUAUGUCCAAAAAAAUAUUAUAAUCUAAAUAAUUUGCCCAUUUUAAGGCUUUGGAGUCCAUCCAAAACUUAGUUAUGCUGUCCUCUGUUAUGGACUUGGGACAGAGGAAUUAUAUCUAUGCUGCCUACAAUUUGGUAUCAUGAAAGCAUUGCCAAGCUAAUCAACUGUCCAUUGCUCAAAUCUUCCAGUCUUACCCUGUGGUCGUCACAAUGAUUCGAAUUCACGGUCUUCAACAGAUGUGAAGCCAGAGCUGUGUUUCCAGCUAUUCACCAUAUUAUUUAGGCGUGACACUGAUUUGGCUUAUCUCAGCAUUGGUCGGCCGUUUGGUCCUCUGAGCUAUUUUUUAUCACUAUGCCCAUCAUUCUCUGUAAGUGCCACAACAGCAUAAGCACCCCAAAAGUUGACCAGUGUUCUAUUGCACCUCUCAACUUAUAGGUUCACAGUUAUAUGAUUUCAGCAAUAGCACUUCUGUUACACACACACUCGUGUACGCACACUCACAGACAAUGUACUGGGAGAAAGUAUUCUAUGGGAGGGGGUUAAGCGGAGUCACAUUUUUUGCUUGCUGUAUAUUUACAUACACCAGGAAAGCAAUCCAACUAAUUUAGCUUUAUUCCCUUUGUUGUUGGAUGUGUCCACCACGGAAGGGUUACGGCAUUAGACGGUCUCCAAAUAUGUUUUUGUUACUUUGACGUACACUGGACACAGAACACUCGCAAUUGUGUGUUUUUGUGUAAAUCAGUACCAAAGGCAUGGUUUUGGAGCAAAAGUGUUUAUUUGGAUAUUUUAUAUAAAGCACUUUGUUGGAGAUUUAACGUUUUGGGGGUUGGGCAACCAAUAGCUAUAUAACCUCUAUAAUAACCUGAUUUACUGGCUUAGCAAACUGGUGUUCAUUACACGUGCAUGGUUAAGAUCACACUCUGCUCUUAUUGCAAAUGGCUGCUGCCUACAUGGGUCAAGAGUAAUUAAAUACAAUUGGGCUUAUUUUAGAAUGAGUAGCCAAUGGAUCGCUGUUGUCCAAGCCAUAGGCUUAUAUAACCUAUCUAGACAGUCAGGAGACAUCUUCUCUCUUGGAUUGCAAUAUCGAGGUUGGGUUUUGCCAUUUAUUGGGGUAAUCACACAGGGCUAUUUACCAAAGUCAGAAUUCCAAUUGAAUUUCCAAUUCAAGGUGAAAAUAGGAAAAAUUCUCUCAAUUUAGCUAUGCUUUGCGUUCAGAUGCUCUGGCCUUACAUUUGAAAUUCACUUUGGAUUCUCACAUUAGUGAAUAAGCCCUGAGAGAGUUUGGCAUGAAAGUUUAAAGAGUCUGAGACCUGUGACCGACUUGCUGUUUGGACUAGCAAUAUUGAUCCAAAGCAAUGGUUGUGGCAAUCAGAAAAUUGGGCUAGAUUUACAUAUUUGCAAACGUGUGGGUCCCCUUGGCAUGAAUGCUACAGAUGCAUUAUGGGUGGUCAUUUGUUUGGCUGGGAGUUGGACUUGGGCACAAACCUGAAUGAGGUUACAAAGUUUCAGUUUUUAUCAUGUUUUGUACUCUUUUUUUGUGGUUAUUAUGGGAAAUCUGACCUGGUAACAAGAACAUCUAAAUCUGGAUGUGCAUAGUUACACUGUAUAUUUUUCAUAUAUGUUGCCAUUUGGCUGCUGCCCAUUCUCUGCAAAAAACAAAACACUAUUUUUUUCACACAAGCCAUUUGAGAUAACAAAAAAAAAAGUUUUCAGCUCACCCUGCACGCAACUCACCUCUCCGUAUCCACACCCCCUUAAUUCCUCGCUCAUCUAGCUUGUUAUUGAUAAGUCCAAAUCUUUAGCUGGUAGAGGGCCCUGUAACAUACAAGGUUGCUGAACCCGCUAUUCAUAAAAGGAUUUGGGGAUCUAUUCACUAAAUUUGAGAUGUGUUGAGUUGGCAGCUGACGUGCUAAACUUAGGUCAAAAGUACCAACUGGGAAAAAUAAAUCAGAUUUCCAUUUGUGGUAUUUUGGACCAAUCAGAACAGCUCACUAUACACAGCAAAUAAGGACUUCCUAAACUGCUCACCUCCACCAAUCUGCAUGAAGUCCCAUCACUGCUCUAAAUUGGCAUCAGAACCUUGGCCGACAGUAAUAGGGUUCCCUCUUGAGUUUCUUAACAUGCUUAUUUUAUAUAUUUGCGUUGCAGUCUAUCAACAAGCAAUCAAUAACCAAAAGAAAAGAAAAGAAAAUUGAAAAUGAAAAAAAAAUUAAAACUAAUAAAAGGAUAAAAAAAACGAAAGAGAAUACCCCCUCUCUGUAUUUAUAUAGAUGGAAAAUAUACUAUAUAUUUUGUAUCCAUGUGCUCUUAAUGUUAUCACUUGUAUAAAUAUAUGGUGCGUUAUUUUGCUUUCUGUAUCCAAAAUAGCAAAUAGAGCUUAUCUUACCCACUCCCCACUUUCUGUAUGUACAGAUGUCUAUUUCUUUCCAAUUAUUGUAUGGCUUAAUCGGUGAUAACAACAAUAUAUAAAGUAUACUUUUGCUUGAAA